AUGGCCAGGCUCACGGCUGGAGCGAAGCGAGAAAACUCUACGCCGUCACACUGGCUGCGACUCGCCUGCCCUCUUCCCCGAGCUGAAGCAAAGUGGCAGCGUGACCCCCCCAAGGGUGACACGUCGCAACCCUCCUUGGGCCCGAACAAGCUCGAUUUCGAGGAGCCGAGACGCCGUAAGCUUCGGCAACCGGAUGCCAGCGCGGCCUUUGCCCGAUCCAGUGAAUGCGGUAUCAGCAAACGGGCCCUCAUCACAUUUGCAUCACACAUCUACGUCAGACUGAUUGCCCAGUUUCUAAGAUGGAUGUCUCAGUCGUUGAUGGGACCUUCAAGGCUGCAGAUGCAUCCAUCACUCGCACCGUUGUUGACUUACACGGACCGUCGAGUCCCAAGCAGUGUCUUGUACUCACCGCCAGAUCUCCGAGAUAAAAAGGCAACUUCAGGGUCUGUGUGGUCCAGGUAG